AUCGCCUUUUCUGAUCGUUGAAACUAACUUACGUUGUCUUAGUACUAAAACAAUUUUAAAGUUCAUGUGGAAGCGGAAUUUAAUGGCUGUUUAUUAUUUGUACGACCAAAAAAAUUCGACAGUUAUCUUUACGCUGAAUCCUUUUGCAAGCUACGCACCGGUACCGUGGGAACUGAUUGUCGAAUUCGUCAACGACGAUGACAAGAAAAUGACACUCUACAGGCUACAAUACACAAAAGAUCCAUGGGUUUGUCAAAGUAUAACAUUUGACAAAACGGAUCGUAUAGAAAAUGCAAAGGUUAAAACUUCUCAAUUUACUUUUAGAAAAGAUAUUUUCAAUAAUAAAAUGUUGGAACGACAAUAUGGUAACGUUUUUAUUAAUAUGAGCUUGAAAAAGAAAUAUAUGACAUUACAUCGGCUAUCACUUCUCAUGAAUGCCACGCCAACAAUCGACUUUAUUCCGAACGUGAAGAUGCCAAAAUUAUUAAGCAAGGUUACGUCAAAGAAUUAGCUGAUGAAAUUUAUGAUAUCUAUGAUCAGCGACUUCCGAUAGAAGCUACUGAAUACAAGCACGUGGAUAUCAUUGCAGAUUAUCAUGAAAUGACGUUCUCAAUCUUGACUAAGAA